GGCUUGCUUCCCAGUUCACGAGUUCGAUUGAACAACAUUGUCAAUGUGGAGCUUUCAAACUUAGUCGGGGUACUUGCAAGGAAGAACCAUGUAUAAUGCCGCCUACUGUUCGGUUUUAGGAUUACUUAUGUUUGGACUUUCGCUGAUGAUCAUGGGUGAAGAUGUAUCCAAACCCAAGGCAAAGCGCUACAACGACAAGUCCUUCCCCAAGCACAGCUUAGUUCUGGAUCGCAAUGUGACGUGUGAAGACAUUCCUGAGGAGAAAGUCGGCAAGUUUAUCUCCCACACAUGGACUUGCCACAACAUCAGGGUGGACGGAUACAGGCUGGCGUACGGCUACUUUCCUGGCAUUGGUAUUGACAUCAAGUGUAACGAAACAGGCGGGAAACAUGAAUUUGCACAACUCUGUCGUGAGCUGCUGAGAAAAGUUGCCACAGAUAGACCCCUUCAUGCAUUAUAUAUCCCUGAAGUAUCCUGUGACUACAACAGUGACACCCGUGUGUUGUUGAAUCGGACGUCAGAAGAGGAGUACACAUGGGAAGAGCUUCAACCAGGGAAUGGCUGGGUGGGCACAAUACAGUGCAUGGUCGUACUUCCAGGGAAGUCAUGAAUGCAAACCCUGCUUCCAAGAUAUGCAAGCCCAUCCUGUGCCUAAAGAACGUGUGAUUGUCCUCACCAUAGGGAUGUAUGCCUGUGUCCGUUGCUGGAACUGGCUUGGAUCAUAUUGUGAUCCAGGCUAGUUGUGUGUGAUGUAAUUGAGUGCUAUGUGAUGUAAAGAAUGCAUAUGUAAUCUGUUUUGGUCAUACAUGAUUUAUUUGUGAUCUAAGUCAUGCAUGAUCCAAGUGAGUCAUAUAUAAUCCAAUUAAAUCAAUAUGAUCUAAUUGGAUCACAAUUGAUCUAAUUGGGUCAUACAUGAUCUAAUUGAGUCAUGCAUGAUCCGGGUGAGUCAUAUAUAAUCCAGUUAAGUCAAUAUGAUCUAAUUGGAUCACAUUUGAUCUAAUUGGGUCAUACAUGAUCUAAUAUGUUCUUAUAUGAUCUAAUUGAGUCAUGCAUGAUCCAAGUGAGUCAUAUGAUCCAAGUGAGUCAUAUAUAAUCCUGUUAAGUCAAUAUGAUCUAAUUGGGUCACACAUGAUCUAAUAUGUUCUUAUAUGAUCCAAUUGAGUCAUGGAUGAUCCAAGUUACCAAUAUGAUCACAAUGAGUCAUAUAUGAUCCAAAUGAGAUGAUAUGAUUCAGUUAUAUCAUAUGUGAUCCAAGUCAUACAUGUUCUAACAGAAUCAGGAUCAUAUCUGAUCUCACUGGGUCAUAUGUGAUAUAACUGAGCCAUGCUCAUAACGGAGUCAUGCGUGUUCCCGUAGAAUCCGAUAUGAAUGAAAGGUGUGAGCAACGUGCGUAAUCCAAAUGAAAAAUAUUUUCUAACAAUCAAGCAAGUCAAGUGUCAGUCACAGAAUUUAUAUGUAAAAAAAUAGUAUUUACUACUGGAGAAACCAAACAAAUAGUUUCAUGUAUCAUUCAUUCAAGCAAGUCAAGUGUCCAUCACAAGUUCUAUCUUAGCAAAGAUUUUACUGCCGUGGACUAGGAGUUGUGUAGUAUUAAGUUGAAAAUUAAUAUAAUUGUUUGUUGCCCUGAUGCAACCCAGCAGUAAUCCUGCUAAAGACUUGACCUGCAAACAAUCAAGUCUUGACCAGACAAUCCAGUGAUGCUAUUGUUAAUUUCCAGAGUUACUGUUCUUGGAUUAAGCAGUGACUGGGAUGACAGCUUGAUGACUACCUUUAUGAUAUAGAUAUUAACUUUGACAUAGUCAUUUCAAUCAUAUUCAACUAUGUACAUCAUUGUAUAUAGAGUAAAAUAUUUGUUUUGUACGUGUGUACAGAUUUGGUUGCAAAUGCAACUAAAACUAUAUUAGUGUUUGCUGCACUAUUCACUGUAUCAAGUACCCUGUCAGUGCACCCUGUCUAGCUUCUAAACCAAUCAGUCCAUAAUAUCUAUGAGCAUUCUUCUAAGACCAAACAUUGGCAUCAAUAUUGGCAGCACCAUCACUGACAUUCAAACCAUUUUGACUCAUGACCAGAUCAGCUUCUUUGUAACACAAUACUUCCAUGUAACAUGAGGCAAAUGCUUCAUGACAGCCUCAUUAUCUAUAUGUGUUACAGUUGUAACAAAGGAUGUCAUCUUAGUACCUACUUGCCAUUUACACCUUCAUAUCCAGGUUGUCUCAAAAUGUUUUUAUGUGAAUUUGUUUAUGAAAUCCAGAUUGUUUGGACAACAAAAUGUUGUUUUCAGGAAGUUCAAGACAUGAAUCAGAUGUUUUACUGUCACUUCUAGAGAUGAGACAGUGGGGAAGGUAUCUGAUGAGGGUGUCAAGGGGUGAGUGGCUCAGUUGUCCUUGGCACUACAGUUUCGUGUGCAGUUGUGUUCUUUGAUCCAAUGGUUUCUAUUUCUGGUUUGCCUUGAUUAUGUUUCAAAUUUUGUCACCACCAUACUGGCACUCAUGGAUUUCACCAAAGUGGUGAAUGUGUGAGACCUCCAUCACUUCUGGGUCUCUUCCCACAUUAGGCAGACAUGCUGGGAUUUGAUGUUCAAGGCAGCUUCAAACCCAACUCACUCACUCACCCUGCCACCAUCUGUGGUAAACGUAUUAUGGUAUAAAGCAUUCCCCUACCUUAAAGGAAAUUAACGUUCAGAUGUUUACAAUCAAAUUGAAUACCUACACAUUGAGGACAAUUGUUUCCAUUUUAAAAUGCCUGAUUAUAACCAUUAACCAUAAAAAUUUAGUGUCAGAACUUUAUUGAUCAUAUAUCUAAACUGUGGUUGCAAGCAUGUUAAUUUUUUGUUUGAACUUCAAUGUAUGUUCAGCUGUAAAAAUAGUUGUUAUUGAAUAUGCAUCUUCAAAGUGGUAGAAAACAGUUACAUGACUUCCCAGCUCGGGCUCAGUAAUAAGUCACCAAGAGUAGUCUCCCUUCAACAUGGCUUCUCUUUCCUCAUAGACAAUGUUUUGCUAAAACAGUGUAUUGUCCAAUAAGAAAAAUGUGACGAUUAACAUGGACCGAAGAAGAAAUAUAUUUCAUAGGAAAUACAGCUUAUGAUGUAACCUGUCACAUCAGCAAACUGAGGGACUGAAGUAGGUUUAUCUGCACAAGCACUUUAUCAAAUGGGCUAAACCACCACCUCUGGGAACACUUCAGAUUAUGUUGUCAAAACUGUUCAUAUUCAUAUUCAGUAAAAUGUAGCACCUACAUGUAUUGUGGAUGUCAUAGUUCCCAUAUACUGGAAUAUGUCAGUGUUUAGAAGUUGUCAUUCAAUUCCGUUUUAUGAUGAUCUUAAAUAAUAGAUAGGUAUAUAUGCAUGCAUGCAUUCUUAAGAUAUAUAUGAUCUUAAAUUAUAUAUGUGUGCAUGCAUUCUAUAUAUAUAUUGAAUAAAAUAUCAUUGACACUGUUGUGUAGUGUAUACUUGAUUCAAAGUGUCAAUAUAUGUCUGUUAUUGAUAAUGGAAGCCAGUUGUGUGAAUCCUGAGCGUGAUAGUUUGAACGGUGUUGGGAACAUCCAUUUGAUUUCUGUGGGAGAGGAAUGUGUAGUUUGUCAUUAAAAUAUGCUGAAUGGUUUGGUAGCAGUGGUGAAACAAUUAGCAGUUUCUUAGUGGAAAAUCAUUUUUAUGUUAUUAUUGAACAUCAAUAGAUAAUUUGGUGCUCAGUAAAAAGUAGUUUGUUGGAGAAUAGUAGAAUUGUUCCUAAUCAAUCCCGUAAUCAAAAUGAAAGCUUUGUUAGAGAUAAACUUUGAUUUGCUAUGUUAGUAACAUUUCAGUUACAUUUUCAAAUUUAAUUUGUGAACAUCAUCAUUUUUUAUUUGAAUUGUUUUUUGUCAAUUUUAGCCUUUUAGACCUAGUUUUGUUUUCUUUUUAGUUGUAUUUAAGGUUUUAAGAUAUGGAACAUGUGGAUUUAAAAUUUCCACUUUCAAAUACCAAAGAUGGCUAGUUCACUUUGUAGAUGUAUUCAGUCACAAGUCAAUCUGUUUGCUGUUGCCACAUGAAAUGUGAUGACGGUAAACAUAGUCGAUGUAUUAUUGGGCCUGUU